GGGACCGCGCCCCGGCGGUGCGGUAGCACGGGGCGGGGAUAACGGGCAGGGCGCGGGGAGGGGGAGAGGGAAGCGGCACCGGGCAGGGUGACAUGCUGGGUCCCGAGCGGGUGCGGCAGCGGGUGACCGGCGCCCGCCUCCCGCAGGCCGCCUCCCUUUGCCAUGCCGAGCCCCCGGAGCAGCCGCGAACGACGCGCCGGCGGCAGCGGCGGCCGCCUGGAGUUCCUGUCCCUGAGCCAGCGCGGGCCCGCCGCCCCCGACAGCCCCUCCCGCCGCAGGGAGCCCGCCGGUGCCGCGGCCGCCCCGCUGCCCGAGGAGGACUGCAUGAAGCUGAACCCGUCCUUCGUGGGCAUCGCCCUGAGCUCCCUGCUCGCCAUCGACCUCUGGGCCUCCAAGCGCCUGGGGGUGUGCGCUGGAGAGGGCUCGGCCUGGGGCAGCGCCCGCCCCCUCAUGAAGGUCAUCGAGGUGUCGGGCCAUGGCAUCCCCUGGCUGCUCGGCACUUUCUACGGGCUCUGCCAGAGUGACAGCUCGGCGGCCAGGGAGGUGCUGCUCAACCUGCUCUUCGCGCUGCUGCUGGACCUGGUGAUGGUGGCGGUGGUGAAGGGGCUCGUCAAGCGGCCGCGGCCCACGCACAACAAGAUGGACAUGUUCGUCACCAUCUCAGUGGACAAGUACUCCUUCCCCUCAGGCCACGCCACCAGGGCCGCUCUGGUCUGCCGCUUCGUCCUGCGCCACCUGGUCCUGGCUGUGCCGCUGCGGGUGCUCGUGGUGCUCUGGGCUCUCAUCGUCAGCAUCUCCCGGGUCAUGCUGGGCAGGCACAACAUGACGGACGUGCUCUUCGGGCUGCUGCUGGGCUACGCUCUCUACGGCGUGGUGGAGCACUGCUGGCUGUCCCCGGCCACCGCGCCCGCCCUCUUCGCGCUCUGGAGCCACUGACUGCGGCACAAAGCAGGGCUGAGCACGCACAGGGAGGGGAUCCUGGCACUUAAACUGGCAUCCUAAACCACAUCAGUCUGGCCAAGACUUCUCCAUGAGCGGUGCUGCGGGCUCCGGGGCCUGCACUCAGACGUCUGGUGCUGUGCUGUCAGGCAGGGUCUGCGCUGACUGUUCUCUGGUGACCAAAAGCAGUCUCUGCAGAGAGUGGGGAGCUCAGCACACCCAUCUGGCAGCUCACUGCUGAUACUGUGAAUCUGCAUGCUCUUGCUGGGCACCUGCAAUAGCCCAUGGUGUAUGUGGUAGCUGUGACUUUGCAGAGGUUUCUCUACAAUCACCCCUGUAUCUGUAUCCUAUAAAUACACUGAUCAUGCUGCUGUCAUAA